UAUAAGGCACAUGGUUUUUCUCUUUUUGUUCUCUGAUUUUCAAAUCUCUGGCACACAGACAAGACAAAGAAAAUAGAGCUAUUAUUUAAUUGCUAUACGGCCAUGAAAUUCGCCAAGACCUUGGAGACAACAGCAACUGAGCUUCCAGUUGAAUGGCGUCCAUACUUUAUAAAUUAUAAGCUGCUCAAGAAAUGUAUCAACAAGAUUGUCGCCGAGAUAGAAACAAGGGGGCUUAUUCACCAACUUACAGACAGUAAAGACAGCAGUGAAACACAAAAAGUGGAGUACAUGUUCUCAGGUGAUCCCGGAGACUUGCACCCUUUGCUCAAAAUUGCUAUCGAGUCGAAUGAUACCUCUGAAUCAAACGCAUUAUUGGGAGAACAGCUUACAAAAGAGAACUUGGGAGCAACACAUCUCAACGUUACCGAAUGCCAUAAUGUUAGCUCUAACAUGCUCGGCAUUUCAUCCACUUUCGCCCAUCCCGAAUCUGAGAGCGACGAUCGCAACUAUAUUUAUGUCGAGCUGGACAGCGAAGUAGAAUUUUUUAAUAUGCUGACCAAAGAUAUGAAUAAUGCUAUGGAAUUAAGUGAGCAAGUGCAACGGGAACAAUAUCAGACUGAUAUCUCCAAGCUAGAGAAGCAAAUUACCACGGUGGCUUCACCCAAGAACAAAGACAUGUACAUUUGGCGAGAAAUUUUUCGACUGUACAUUGAAUGGAAAGUUUUUCAAGGCGCCAAAAGCACUUCAUAUAGUAAAGACAAAAUGCAAGGAUUUGUAGAGGAGAUCGAGAAGAUGAAGUUGAUGAAAAGUAUGAAAAGUAGUACUUCCAGACGUGCACUAAAAAGCUUCUUGGAACUCAAUUCAUCGCUGCUUGUAUUCAGCCAAUUCUACACCACUAAUCAAAUGGCAGUGACCAAGAUUUUGAAGAAACACGACAAACGAAGUGGCUUGACUGCUAGCUCAGAUUUCCCAAUAUUCAUGCAAAAGGACAUCUUUUUUGCAAGUGGAAUGCUUGAGAUGGUGUACGAAUUCAUCAACACAAAACUUGUGACCAUUAUACCCCAGCUGGAAGACUACUGCUGCCCGGUCUGUUACUCGAUUGCUUGGCGACCCAUCCGCUUAGCUUGUAGCCAUGUGUUCUGCGUUCGAUGUUUGAUAAAAGCUCAAAAGAAGCAAAUGCUCAAUUGUCCCAUCUGCCGAGCGGAGAAGGCUGUAGGCAACGCCGACGCUAACAAUCUCGACCAUAGUCUUCAGAAUCUCAUGCAAACAUACUUUAGCCGCGAAAUUAAAGAGAAGCGGAAAGAGAAUGAGCGAGAACAGGCUAUCCAGGAUUGCCAAGCCAUCACCGGCCGACAAUAUACAGGCGAUGAGGCAUGUACCAUUAUGUGAAAGCAAACCAAUGCAGAUCUCCAACACCAGUUUUCCCCAUAACUCAAAUAUU